AGACAACUUUUGAUACAAUCAAAUAGCAAGCGUGUCGUCGCGUUCUGUUUGUUUUGGUCAACACAGAAGAUAAAGAUGUAACAGUUUUUUUGGUUGAAAAAGCAAAAUACUAUACAUUUUUUUGGUAUUUCCAAUCAGCAUACAAAAUCUGCAUCGACAUGGCGUCGCUCCAAGGGAUUGAUGGAAAAUUGAAAGAAUAUAUUCGCGUUCAUCAGCUUCCCGAUGUUUAUGAGUGUUUAUUGACGGGUCUCAUCGUUUUAUGUCCUGAAGAUCCUUUGAAAUGGAUAGUACAGAGCAUUAAGAAGAUUCAAGUCCAAGGACUCUACAAUGUUUCAUGGGAUAUGUUUGUUCCACCUGAUUCAAGACCAAACGUUCGGCAAAUGACUGAAAGUUAUCUUGAUGAAAUAUUCUUAUUUGGGGAGGGAACUGUGCCAUCAACAGAGAUGUACGCAUCUGCAUACAACCAUUAUAAUACAAAGAUGAUGAGCAUGUGUUUUAGAGGAUGGAUGAAGUAUUAUCUUGAUAGAAAACAUAGGAAAGGAAGAAUGUUAAGGAAACUGCAAGAAGCAAGAAGAUACUACAGGCACAGAAUCAUGAGAAUCCACCUUAGCAGAUGGACAUCGUGGAAAACUUUUGUAAAAGACAGGCAAGAGAGAGGAUUUGCGAUUGUUGUCUCGAUUUGCAACGAAUCGAGUUGUCGUCUCAUCUUCCGUGCGUGGAGAGCAGUUGCCGUGGAUGCGAGGAAGACCAGGGAGUAUUUUGAGAGGUUGGAGCGAGGAGAGCUGGAUGAAGAUUGUGAUACAGAGGAUGGUAUUCCUACUGAUACUUUCAGAGAUGACAUAUCGUUGCUACCACGGAAAUGUGCAAUCCAAAUUUUUAGCUUUCUUGACCUGAUGGACUUAGGUCGAUGUGCACGAGUUUGUCGAGCGUGGAAAGUUAUAACUGGAGCUCCAACAUUGUGGAGCCAUCUUAACUUCUCUAAAGUUCGAUCCAAUGUAACUGACAAGAUGGUGAUACAAUGUCUUCAAAAAUGCCGGCCAUACCUUGUACAUCUUAACCUUCAACAAUGCUACUCUGUCCACUGGCCGACAUUUAAAUCGAUUUCUGAAUGUAGAAACGUGCAGGACCUUAACUUCUCUGAAUGUAAAGGUGUUAAUGAUGAAGUGAUGCGUACAAUAGCAGAGAGUUGUCCCACCCUUCUCUACCUUAACAUAUCACACACUGAGAUAACGGAUGGAACAUUACGUACAUUAUCACGAUGUUGCCUUAACAUGCAGUACCUCAGCCUUGCCUAUUGCUCCAAAUACACAGACAGAGGUCUUCAUUACAUGGCAAGUGGAAAGGGGUGUCGGAAAUUAACGUACAUUGAUUUUUCUGGUUGCCUUCAAAUAACUGCACAAGGAUUCCGUCACGUUGCACACGGUUGUACCAGCCUUCAAUCCAUUGUUCUUAACGACAUGCCUUCUUUAACCGAUUCCUGCAUUAUUAGCCUGGUUGAAAAAUGCACAAAUCUCCGGUCGGUGUCGCUGAUAGGCUCCCCCAACCUAACAGACAUGGCUUUUAAAGCUCUUGCACAAGCCAAGAAGCUGCAGAAGCUACGAAUAGAAUCGAACCAAAACAUCACCGACAAUACGUUCAAGACAUUGGGCAAAAUGUGUCCAUACAUCGGUCACUUUUACGUUGUUGAUUGCCAAAGACUCACGGACAUGAUGCUGAAAGCUCUCUCCCCUUUGCGAAGUAUCAUUGUCCUUAACUUAGCUGACUGCGUUCGCAUCAGCGAUUCUGGGGUGAGGCAAAUGGUCGAGGGACCUUCUGGUUCCAAGAUCCGUGAAAUGAAUCUCACAAACUGUGUAAGAGUGAGUGACGUGUCUCUGCUCCGUGUUGCACAAAGGUGCCACAGUCUCACACAUCUGUGUCUUUGCUUCUGUGAGCAUGUUACUGACGCUGGGAUCGAGUUACUUGGCAGCAUGCCUGCGCUAUUGCACGUCGAUCUAUCCGGUACCAACAUUAAAGACCAAGGCCUUGCCUCGCUAGGCGUGAACAGUCGUAUCCGUUCCGUCGUUAUGUCAGAGUGUCAGGGCAUCACCGAUCUGGGGUUGCAGAAAUUCUGCCAAAAGGUCACCGAACUCGACACCCUUGACGUAUCGCACUGUAUGUCCCUCAGCGAUGCAGCGAUCAAGAAUCUUGCUUUCUGUUGCCGCAUGCUCACUUCAUUAAAUGUUGCUGGUUGCCCGUUGCUUACGGACUUAAGCAUACAGUAUCUAUCUGGUGUGUGUCAUUACAUUCACUUUCUCAAUCUUUCUGGUUGUAUUCAUAUAAGUGAUAGGGCGGUCAAGUAUCUGCGAAAAGGAUGCAAACAGCUUCGUAGUCUUACUAUUCUCUACUGCAGAAGCAUUACCAAAAUCACAGCACAGCGAUUGGCUAGUCGAAUUGAACAUGUAGAGUACAACAGUGACCGUGUACCUUCCUGGUUCAAUUACGACGACUCGCCUUCGCGCCGAGGAAACCAAAUUGAAGGAAACAACUCGAAAUGGAUUGAAUUUGAAGACGCUUGACUUCUGUUUCUUCCGAGUUCAACACCACAAAACCCUCUGCUCUCAUAAAAGGCGAUGCAAUUUCGUCGUUUUAAAAAGUCGUAAUAUUUACUGUUAUGUUCGAUUUCGACAAACUUUUGUCAUGAAUAUGAGAUUUAUUUUUCUACUUUUAUGCAUUAUUUUAUCCGAAACACAGUUGAAUGCUUUUUUAGGUUAUUUUUGACACAAUUUAUGCAUUUACCACAUUAUACUCGGCUAUAGUUUCAGUAUUAUAGGAACAUUAUAACAAAGGUUUACUUUAUACAGAA